AUGCGAAAAGAAUGGGAAAAUAGAUCCUUAGAUCCAGCCAUCAGACUUCCCACUGACAUAAUUAUGUACGUCUGCGGCAUUGUUGUCUAUACGAUACUCCACCGCAUAGUAAAAACCACCAUUUCAGAGCUCAUAAUAAGAAAGCUCGCAAGAGUGAAAAAUCCUGCAGAUAUUGACAGAAAAAAGUUCACUCGGGCGCUGUGGAAGGUCGUCUGCUUUGGCACCCUGAGCUUAUACGGUAUAUACUGUCUCGCAGGCGAGUCGUGGAUCUACUAUCCGCUUGGCGUGACAAUGGAGUGGCCCAACAACCAGACUCCCAGCCGGAUAAAUAACUACUACGUGAUUGAAACAGUCUACUACUCUGGUAGUUUUAUCACGAUGUUCUUUGAAGAAAAGCAGUCUGACUUCUAUCUUAUGGUGUGGCACCACUUUGUCACUCUGCUUCUUGUUGGGUUUUCGUACAGAUACAACUUCUUGCGGUAUGGAGUGUUCAUCAUGCUGCUGCACGAUAUAUCUGAUCCGUGGAUGGACUCUGCAAAGAUUUCUGUGUAUCUUGGGUACCAGAGCCUUGGAAAUGUUUUAUUUAUCAUCUUUGCAGGAAUGUUCAUUAUUCCAAGAAUAUUCAUAUAUUUGUACAUGGUGCUAUUCCCCGGGUACGGGUUUCUUUGGGAGUUUGGGUCCAUGCUUCUGGUGCCCAUAUGGGGGCUGCUGCUGGGAGUCUUUUUGCUCAACUCGUACUGGUCUGUUCUGAUCAUCCGAAUGGCUGUGGAGUUUAUCAAGAAGGGAAAGAUCGAAAAAGACAUCAGAGAUGUGGAAGGAAAAGAAAAAGGAGGCAGGAAAGAAAAGGGCAUUAAGCCAAGCAAAAUAAAAGAUAAAGUAGCUAGCAAACAAGAUAAAAAGGCAAAACUAAGGAAAAACAGAU